AUGUUGAAUCUGCUCUGCCUGUUGCACAAUUUGUUAAAUAUUGUCCUAUCUGUGAAAUCUUCUGUGUCUGAUGAUCCUCUUCGUGUAUCUUCUGAAAAUUUGGAGUGUACCAAAGUUGUUCUUCAUAGUAAUUCUGAUGAUAAGGUAGAAAAUUUGAGUCUAGUUGUGUACUCUGCUGAUGUUGCAAGAUCUGCUAUUCCUGGUGUGCCUGUAUCUGAUGCUGCAAAGUCAUUGGAUGAAGGUUGUCCAGUUAAUGUUUCACCUAAGGUGUCGUCUGAAAUUGAGCCUGCCAGACCCUCAAGUCCUCAUUCUUCUAAUCAACUUGAUGGAGUUCCAGUUUAUACGUCAACCUCUUUGGCUGAGAGGCUUGAUCACAUUCGCCACUUUGCUGGUUUACCAUCUACUUCUGUACCAGAACCUUAUAAAGUCAUUCACCCAGAUGAUCCUUCUGUACAGACUGACAUUGAUGAUGAGAAGAUUUUGGCUGAAGUUUAUGGUCCUCAAGCUCAGUUGUCUGUACCUCUUACUAUGGAAGCAACAGCUCAUCCAGACUCGACCUCCUUCAAGAUUCGCGAAGUAUCUAAACUUCUUGGUACUUCGUCUGCUCCUGUAUCUGAGACAAGUCACUCAGUUUCACCAAGUCCAACCGAUCAUUCUCCAUCUAGAGAGACCAGAAAGUCGAAGUGCAAAGGAAUUCCUGAGAGAGUAGCUGUUGAGACCGGCGAUGAUAAUCUUGAUACGGUUCAACCUAAGAAAAGAAGACGAUCUGCUGAAACCGUCAAGGCUGAAAGUGAUCCACCUGUGCAACAGGUUUUCAAAACUCUGCGAUCGUCUGUCAAGAACAAGGCACCUGCUGUGAACUCCACCACAUCUACCAGAAAGAUGAAACCAACUACAAGGUCGAGAGGAAGAAGUGUUACUCCUAAUGUCCAAACUGCUUCGGACAGCCCUGACACAUCAAUUUACACACCUCAGUUUGUCUCUGCUACAGCUCAAGGAAAAUGGUCUACGAUGGUUCGACAGGAACUAAUAGUUCAACGAUCGGUGGAUGAGAAUCAGUUGAACUCUGUCUGUGACAUUUUGCCUUUGCUCAGUGAAGUUGGCCUCAUGAAGACUGUCACCUCCAUUUUCCCCUACUCCAUGUUGCUGACCUACGAGUUCUACUGUAAUUUGAAUGAAGAAAUUGACAACCUUACGGGGACCCGGUGCAUGCAGAUUUUCAUCAGAGGAAAAUGGUAUGUGCUUGACCCGGACGUGAUUAAUGAGUAUUAUGGUCUGAAGGCUGUUGAUGAGGAAGAGAUUACGGAUUGGGAUUUAGUUGCAAGGACCCUUACUAGUGGUCAGACUCCUAUAUGGCCAACAGGUGAUGUGGAUACUCUGUCUAGCUCGAAGCUCACUUCCAGAUACGUCAUUCUGCACCGUAUUGCCUUACACAAUUGGCUACCUUCUGUUCAUUUUAAUACGGUUGGCAAACAACUAGCUGAUCUACUAUUCCGCAUUAGCACCAGAAUGACCAUUGAUCUGGGGAAGUGGAUCUUCUAUCAUUUCCUCACCUUAAUUCAUCCGAGGGAACAGAAGGUAAGGUUACCUUAUCCUAAUCUCAUCUUUGGAGUUCUGACAACGCAGGGCCUGGUCCCAAUGCCAAGCGAGAUUAUUUGCCCAACUUUUCUAUACACUGUUGAUCCACGGCUCUUGACUGGAAAGCACAUUCGUGAUGUUACACCAGUGGCUGCUCCCCCGUCUUCUGAUGCUGACACUCCUGUUGAUGACUCGCCACAUGCGAGGGACAUUCAGCUCUCCCUUCAAUUGAAGGCUCGAGUGUCUGAGUUGGAAACUGUUAAUGGAAUCAUUGCGAAGCAGCUCACUGCGGCCCGUACUGAACUUGCCACUGUUCUGCUUCGUCUGAGCCUGACUGAGUCUGCUGCUACUGAAAACGAGAAGUCCGACAGUGAUGCGCCCUCGAAUGCCUUAUAG